UUGCUGGGAAAGAUGCAACAUAUUCAGUGACACAAGACCUGGCUCUAUGGUGGCUCUAUAGUCCGUCGAAAAGCAAACCGGAUCUUUGAAGGCUUGCCAGUUGAACCAACACCCUACCACUGUGGCUCUUUUGACCCAGUGGACAGAGAGACGCAACACAAAGCAGCCUGAGGGAAGGAAAGCCAAGAGAUGUUUUGACUCCCAAAGACAGAAAGUGAGGAGAGGAGACAGAAAGUGUAUCUUGACAAGGGGCCCUUGUGGACAUCGAGUGGCGUGUGUUGCUGUGGAUCUGUGGGUGGGUGGUUGUGCGUCAGAGGGAGGUGUGUUGUGGCGAGAUGUGGACAGUCAGUCCGGCUCUGUUGCAGCGGGGGCCACAUUACACCGGCUUCUCCUGAGUUAUGCUGCUCUUCAAAACUCAAAUACAGAUCCAACUAUGAGCCCACAGAGGGAGACGUCUAAAAAAUGACAGAACGACAGAUGGCUUCUACUGAAAGGAGCCUACGUAUCCAGGCUGAUGAUGACCUGAAGUCUAUGUUUGUCGGCACAGUGAUGAGAAAAAUCAAAUCUCGCACCUGGAAAAAGCAGCGUUAUUUCCGGCUACAAGAAGACUGCAUGACUAUCUGGUACAAGAGCAAGAAAGCAGGAAAUGCACACUCCACCUUUUCUGUGGGUGAUGUGGAAGCUGUACGGGAAGGGCACCAAUCUGAGGUUCUGCUCAGCAUUGCUGACGAGUUCCCACCUGACCGCUGCUUCACCCUAGUGUUCCGCGGUCGACGGGGCAACUUGGACCUAGUGGCCGAAUCAGCGGGGGAGGCGCAAUCAUGGAUUAAAGGGAUACGCAAACUCAUCGAUAACCUGGAGAACAUGGGGCAGAGAGAGAAACUAGACCAAUGGAUCUGUGAUUGGUUUAAGAAAGCAGACAAAAACAGGGAUGGGCGGAUGAACUUUAAGGAAGUCCGAGAUCUCUUAAAGAUGAUGAAUGUGGACAUGAACGAGCAUCACGCUCUUCGUCUCUUUACAAUGGCAGACAAGUCUCAAUCAGGAGCUCUUGAAGAUGAUGAGUUUGUGCUGUUCUAUAAGAUGCUGACUCAGCGUGAGGAUGUCCUCAGAGUGUUUCAGGAAUUUUCAGGUGAUGGGCAGAAGCUAACGCUCCAAGAUCUGAAAGAUUUCCUACGGGAGGAACAGCUACAUGAGGAUGGAGUUCAGCAGUAUGCACUAAAGCUCAUUGAAUGCUAUGAACCUUCAGAUACAGCAAGAAUGUUGCAAGCGAUGACGUUCGAUGGUUUUCUGAUGUACCUGAGCUCACCAGAGGGCUCUAUCUUCAACCCUACCAUGGUGGAACUCUACCAGGACAUGACUCAGCCUCUUUGUCAUUACUUCAUAUCGUCUUCUCAUAACACGUAUCUUCUGGAGGACCAAAUCAGAGGACACAGCAGUGUAGAAGGCUACAUACGAGCACUAAAACGUGGCUGUCGAUGUGUAGAAGUAGACUGCUGGGAUGGACCAAAUGGAGAACCAAUCGUCUACCAUGGACAUACGUUCACUUCCAAGAUCUUCUUCAAGGAUGUUGUCACUGUGCUGGGCAACUAUGCAUUCAAAGCAUCGCAGUACCCUGUCAUCCUGUCCAUUGAGAACCACUGCAGUGUAGAGCAGCAGAAAGUCAUGGCCCAACACCUCACCCAGAUCCUAGGAGACAAGCUGCUGAAAAGCCCUUUAGAUGGAAAGAUUCCCAUCGGCCUCCCGUCUCCUGAGGACCUGAAAGGGAAGAUUCUGUUGAAAGGAAAGAAGAUAGGUGGAUUAGAGGAUAGCAUGAAUGGGGUGGUGGAUGACCCUUUGAUGGGAGAGGUGAGCGACGAAGAGGAGACUGCUGAAAUUGAUGAUGACCAUCAUCGCAGCGACAGCAUACGGCAUAGAGUCAAGAAAUCCAAGCAGCGUCUCUCUAAAGAGCUGUCGGACUGUGUGGUUUACUGCAAGAGUGUCCACUUUAGCAGCUUUAAACAUUCACGAAUUCACUCCAAGUUUUACGAGAUCUCCUCCUUCACGGAGUCUAAGGCCCGGAAACACAUAAGGGAGGCAGGAGCAGAGUUUGUUCUUCACAAUGCUCGCCAGCUGAGCCGGGUUUACCCCAGUGGUUUAAGAACAGACUCAUCCAACUUCAACCCACAGGAUAUGUGGAACGCAGGGUGCCAAAUUGUUGCUCUGAACUUUCAGACCGCAGGGGUUGAGAUGGAUCUAAACGAUGGCUUAUUCAGUCAAAACAGUCAUUGUGGCUACGUACUGAAACCAGCAUUCAUGCGCAACAUAGACGAACGGUUUGACCCAGAAAACCCCCAAAACCGAGAUGGUUACAAGCCGCUUAGCCUGUCUAUACAGGUAAUCAGCGGCCAACAGCUUCCAAAGGUAAACAUCAAGGAGGGCUCAAUCAUCGAUCCCCUCGUUCGGGUGGAAAUUCACGGCAUACCACUGGACCAGGCCAAGCAGGAAACCAGAUACAUUGACAACAACGGUUUUAACCCAGUAUGGUACGACAUGCUUCAGUUCACAAUUCACGUCCCUGAGUUGGCGCUGGUACGGUUUGUCGUCGAGGACUAUGAUAAAACAUCAAAGAAUGACUUUGUGGGACAAUUCACUCUCCCUUUCACCUGUAUUCAGCCAGGAUAUCGUCACAUCCAUCUGCUGUCUAAGGACGGCACCAGCAUAGCUCCUUCCUCGCUAUUUGUUAAUGUCAGGAUAACUAAACUAACAUAAAGUGACUAAAGUUAAAGUUGUCUUAUACAGGCACAAACUAUAAAAAGCAAUAAUUUCAAGUCUUCCCAGUCAACACUUGUUUGCAGAAUGCUGAUAUUCUAAUAAAUCCAGUAAAAAUGUAUUAAAAAGUAACAAUUUACAAUUUUAAGGUAAAGUUGUGUUGCUGUAGAUUUAGUUAAUCUGUACGCCAAAUAAUUUUAUAGAAAUUUUAUUUAAUGUUAUUAAGAUUUGUGUGAUUGUAGGAAGCUGUAUCUGAAUAUAACUUUAUUAAGAUACAAAUAUAUAUGCAUAAGGAAUGAGUCCUAUUUUGGUUUGCUUUUAAGACUAAAAUAUAGAUUUUUCCUUAAAUUUUAGGCUGAAAUAUGCUCAGGCAAAAUAUAUUAUUUGUCUUGUUUUCCUGGACAAACAUUUAAACAUUCUUAAAUUAAGAAAAAUUUACUUAAGAUGCAAAAAUGAUUAGAUAUUGUCAUGUUUUCUGAAAAACUAAAUACAAACAUGUAUUGUUUUAAAACUAAGCUCACUUAUUCUUAAUUUAAGAAUGUUUAGAUGUUUGUACUGAAAAACAAUACAAAAAUCAUAUGGAUAUUUCAUUUGAGAUUCACCCAAUGUUAUUUUUACAAUGCAUGGCAAGUCUUUACAUCUUGCUUUGUGCAUUUUAGAAAUAUUUCAGUAGAAAUAUAUUUGCUUUCUUAAUCGUACCACUCCAUUUCAGUAGUAUUUACAGUAGUGUGUGUGUGUUAACUGUUCCUUUGGAAUAAAGUACAGAGAUAAUGGGCUCAAGGGCUCAAUUACAAUCUUACUUUGGCCCCAAAGUACCUCAGGGGCCAGACUCAAUUACACAGAGAUACAGAAGGAGGGCAGUGAAAAUUACCCCGUCUGUUCCCACCUACCUGGAUACAGUAUACCAUAGUAUACAUUUCGAAAUACAUAUAUACUCUUGAAUGCACCUAGCAUGUAUAAGUGAACUUAAAGUAGAUUAUUCUGAAUCAUGUCAAGACAUUUGUUAAAUCAAAUGUAUGCUGCUGGACUAAUAGUGUUAUAUUUUUUGUAUUUCUAAGCUGCGUAUGUUGGAUCUAUAUACUGUUUUUGUAUUAUUGUUCAGUAACUAUCUGUAAACUGUCUGUUUUGCUUGUGUAUAUAUGUACGUAUGUAUUUAUUUGCCAUAUUCAUCAAAGAAUAAAGAU